CCUUGCUGCCUCUCCCUGUUUCCGGAUGGGCCCUGGCCCCCAGCCCUUAUCUCCUCCAGCCCCUGGGCUGUUUGCAGAGAGCAGCUAUAAAGAGGCUGAGAGAGCAGAGAGUGGAGGAGAAUUACAAGGUGCAGGAAAACAGCAGCACUGCUUGGCUCUCCACGAACCUGCUCUGCACCAUGGGGAAGGACAAGCUGCCCAGCAAACCAAACAUCUUCCUCCUUCUUCUCUUCUUCCUUCCGGGAAAUACUCCACUCAACACAGAACCGCAGUACAUGGUGCUGGUGCCCUUUCUGAUACACACGGAUUCUCAAGAGAAAAUCUGCGUUCAGCUGACCUACCUGAACGAGUCUGUGACACUGAGUGCCACACUCGAGUACCUUGGGGAGAACAGGAGCUUGAUUGAAGAUGUGGUGUCAAAGAAAGACGUGUUCACCUGCAUCCCUUUCUCUCUUCCAAAAUCCAAUAGCACAUCAGUGGCAUUUCUCACUGUGACGGUGACAGGGGACACACUGCAGUUCAAGAGCCGCAAGUCAGUGCUGGUCAAGAAUUCUGAAAGCUUGGUCUUCGUCCAGACAGACAAACCCAUCUACAAGCCUGGACAGACAGUUCAGUUUCGGGUCGUCUCUCUGGAUAAAGACUUCUACCCGCUGAAUGAGAAGUUCCCCUUUGUCUACAUUCAGGAUCCCCAGAGGAACCGUGUGUACCAGUGGCAGGGAGUGGAACUAGAAACAGGCUUUACACAGCUCUCCUUCCCCCUCACCUCGGAUCCCAUCCAAGGCUCCUACAAAAUAGUUGUGCAGAAGAGCUUCUCAUCCCAUGUGGAGCACUCCUUCAGUGUGGAGGAAUUUGUGCUGCCCAGGUUUGAAGUCCUGGUGAAGGUCCCGAAGAUGAUCACUAUUAAGGACAACGAGCUUCCAGUGUCUGUCUGUGGUCUGUACACCUAUGGGAAGCCUGUUCCUGGUUUGGUGAAUGUCCAAGUAUGCCGGAAAUUUUCCCAGUCUGCUUCAAGCUGUUAUGGAAAAGAAGCAGAGUCUGUGUGUGAAGAAUUCACGAGGCGGGCAGAUGCUCGUGGGUGUGUUUCUAGUGUGGUGAGGACCAAGGGGUUCCAGCUCCUACGCAAGGGAUAUGAGAUGAGCAUUGAGGUACAAGGCAAAAUCACAGAAGAUGGCACAGGAAUAGAGAUGACUGGAACAGGCUCCUGUGGUAUCACAUCCACCAUGGGCAAAAUCCGCUUUGACCUGUUGGACUAUGCCUACAAACCAGGGAUCCCACUCUUUGGGAUGGUGAAGCUGGUUGAUGGCACUGAUGCUCCACUUGCCAAUGAAACCAUCACAAUUACAGUGGGUGGAAACAAAUACAAAGAGAAUUACACUACAGAUGAGCAGGGACAAUCCUGGUUUUCCAUAGACACUACCAGCUUCACAGAACUCUCCCUGGAAAUCCGAGCAGAUCAUAAACCUGAACUGAACUGUUAUGACAGUGACUGGAUGACACCAUCCUAUGAGCAUGCCACACGCAGAGUAACUCGCUCUUACUCCCUCAGUAAGAGCUUCCUCAAGAUUGAGCCAAAGCCUGAGACAUUAAGUUGUGGCUCCUCAGCAGAGGUCCAGGUGCACUAUAUCUUCACGCCAGAGGCCAUAGGAGAGCAGAAGAAAAUUGUCAUUUAUUAUUUGGUGAUGGCCAAGGGACAAAUCGUACUAGCUGACACCCAUGAUCUGACUGUGAAUCCUGGAAAUGCUUACGGGACAUUUCGGUUGAGCUUCCCUGUCAAGGCAGCAAUUGCUCCCAUGGCACAGAUGCUUGUGUACACCACCUCACCCAGUGGGGAAGUCAUUGCCAGCUCAGAAGAUUUCCAGGUUGAAAUGUGCCUCCCCAAUAAAGUGAGAUUGAGUUUUGCACCCAAGGAAGGUCUUCCUGCUUCAGACACACACGUGCAGCUCCACACCUCUCCAAGAUCCCUGUGUGCCCUCCGUGCAGUGGACAAGAGUGUUCUCCUUAUGAAGCCUGAAAAUGAGCUUUCUCCCAGCUCUGUGUAUAAUCUUCUUCCACUGAAGGAAAGCCAGGGUUAUAGCUUCAGGGACUACUACUUGGAAGAAGACAACGUAAAUCCAUGUGUAUCACUUGACAAUCUGUCAUUAAAUGGAUUUCUCUACAUACCCAUCUCUUCUGAUGGUGAAGGGGAUGCCUAUGACAUUCUCAAAGAAUUGGGCUUAAAAGUCUUCACUAGCAGCAAGAUCCAUAAGCCUGAACUCUGCGAGCAUUACCCAGAACACAUGAUGGAAAGGAGUUACAGUGGUUCUAUCUCUACAAUGAAUCUGCAUAAAGAAUUGGCUUAUGACAUGGCAGAAGAUAUGGUUGAUGACACUCCUAUGGAGACUGUCCGGAAGUAUUUCCCUGAGACAUGGAUCUGGGACAUAGUUUCAGUGAACUCUGAGGGAGAGCUCACCAUGCCCUACUCUGUAGUGCGGGGGGAGUCCUUCACACUGAAAGCCACCGUUUUCAACUACCUGCCUGCCUGCAUCAGGGUCAGUGUGUCUCUGGCUGAAUCUACUGAUUUCCUGGCUGUACCAGUGGGGAAACAGGAAGAAUCCUACUGCAUCUGUGUGAACGAAAGAAAAACUGCUGCUUGGGCAGUAACACCCAGAUCUCUAGGGCAGGUGGAGUUCUCAGUGACCACUGAGGCCCUACAGAACCAGCAGCCCUGCGGGAACUACAUCGUGGAGAGCCCUGAGAAAGGACGGAAGGACACGGUCAUCAGACAGCUGCUGGUGGAGCCGGAAGGGACUGAAGUGGAAACCACGUACAACUCUGUGCUCUGUGCAUCUGAAGAGUCAGUGUCAGAGACAGUCUCCUUGGCUCUCCCAGAGACUGUGGUGGAUGGCUCAGCCAGAACAUAUUUCUCAGUGCUAGGUGACAUCAUGGGCACUGCCAUGCAAAACCUGCACCAGCUCCUCCAGAUGCCCUUUGGCUGUGGGGAGCAGAACAUGGUCCUGUUUGCACCCAACAUCUACGUCCUGCACUAUCUGAACAAGACAAGGCAGCUGAGUGAAGAGGUCAAAUCUAAGGCCAUUGGAUACUUAGUGAGCGGGUAUCAAAGGCAAUUGAAGUACAAACACCGGGAUGGUUCUUAUAGCACCUUUGGGCCACGUUAUGGGCAAGUUGGAAAUACCUGGCUCACAGCCUUUGUCCUCAAGUCCUUUGCCCAGGCCCGGCCUCACAUCUUCAUAGAGGAGAAGCACAUCCAGGAUGCUUUGAACUGGCUUACUCAAAAGCAGAAGGAGAACGGCUGUUUCCGCAGUUCUGGGACGCUCCUGAACAAUGCUAUGAAGGGUGGAGUGAACGACGAGGUCACACUGGCAGCCUACAUCACUAUUGCACUGCUGGAGAUUCCUCUGCCUGUAACCCACUCAGUGGUGCGGAAUGCUCUGUUCUGCCUGGAAACUGCAGCAAAUCAGGAAGAAAACCAUGUGUACACCAAGGCACUGCUGGCAUACGCCUUUGCCCUGGCAGGCAACAGGGAGAAGCGGAAGGCAUUGCUUGACUCACUUGAAAAGGAAGCUGUGAGAAAGGAUGGGUCUGUUCACUGGCAGCGGCCUGGGAAGGAGCCCGAGGCUGAUCUCCCGUACUAUCGCUCCCGAGCUCCCUCUGCGGAAGUGGAGAUGACGGCCUACGUGCUCCUGGCUCACCUCACCUCGCAGCCAGCCCCUGCCCAGGAGGAGCUGUCCUUUGCAUCCCUUAUUGCAAAGUGGAUCAGCAGUCAGCAGAAUCCCAAUGGAGGCUUCUCCUCCACCCAGCUGGGCAGGGAGACCCUCAACUUCUCCUUCACGGUGGAGCGGGACAUCCCCGUGCAGGGCCUGAAGCCAGCCCAGGUGAAGGUCUAUGACUACUAUGAGACAGAUGAGUUUGCCACACAGGAGUACAGUGCUCCCUGCACCACAGAAGAAGUAGACCAGGGAAAUGAAUGAAGAACAUUCCCAGAUGAUGGAACCCGCCUGCCUCACUACCACCACAGCAUGACAUAUUAAUAAUGCCUGCAUGGAAUGGAAAAGUGGACUUUACAAAUAAAUUAACUGUACUCACCAAUGAUUUUUGAACAGUUUGUUCCCAAUUCUGAUUUUUCCUGUUCAUCUUUCAGUCACAGCUUUAAACUCCCUGGCUUCUUAGGUUAAAGAGUAACCCAUCUAACAAUGCCUAUGUGCAGGGAAAUAAGGCUAAAAAGUGAGGAAAGAAAAAGAGGACAGAAUGAUGUAAGUGGGGGUCAGCCUUUCUAAUGCAUCUGUCUCUGUGUUAUGUUCUCUGAAUUUAUCAUCUGAGAUGCAGUCUAACCAAUGGAGAAGGAUAGGUAGCUCUUGGGAACAGUUUCUCUCCCUUGGCUUACAAACCAUAACCUCGAUUGAAUUGGUCUCUGCAGAGGUCUAUCCAUGUCUCCCACCAUGAGGCAUCUUCCAGAUCAACUAACGUUACAUAAAAUUCAGCCUCUGUGAUCUUCCCUGUAGGCACCCCUCCUGGGAUUGUUUCUUGUUUGUAGAAGAGUGGAAGGAGACAGAGUCUGUCCUCUUCAAUGAUUAGAGAGUGCCAGGGGGCAGGAGGGAUGUGUGCAUGCAUUAUGCCUUCAGCUGCUAACUUAAAAUGGCCUGCUCUCCAGCUGAAGCUUGAGCCUUCUUGUGGAAAUUUCCAUUAUCUCAUGUCUGCUACUUCUGGGAGAUUCCCAAUGAGAAGCUAAUGGCAAUUGCCACUAACUCACCUGCCUAAGUCUAGUUUAAAUGGUACAUUCAUUUAAAUCAUAUAGUUACUUUCAUGAAACUGUGGAUAGGCCUCUUAAACAUCUCCAGGAAUGAUCUCCCUUUCUUCGUUUCGUCUCAUGAAUUUGUGGUUUUAACUUCUGAAUGCAAAAAUGUGACUGUUUAUUCUCAUGAAAUGGUUCUUCUUAGGUAUCAUGGCAUGUUGUGCAUCCAAAGUAUGCACAGUUGGCUGUUCCAUCCAAUUUUUGGUUUAGCUUGCCUGUACAAACAGCAUCAUUGAGAACAAAUAAAAUUCUUCAUCUAUUUUGCUAGAUAUUAA